AUGGGAGGCGAGGUUGUCGUGGGUGGAAAUUGGUUGGUCGAAGAAAAAAUCGGAGAGGGAUCCUUCGGUGAGGUCUUUCGAGCUGUGCAUACAACUACAAAAGAGAAAUUCGCAAUAAAGCGAGAAUUGAUCAAUAUAGACCAUCCCCAGCUACCUCAUGAAGCUAAAACGCUCAAAUUACUUGAAGGAGCGCGCUUCAUACCAAAAGUACAUUGGUUUGGAGAAGAAGGUAUAUACCAUGCUUUGGUCAUUGAUUUACUCGGACCGAAUCUUAGAUCUCUCCGGCAAGCGUACAGGUCGCUUCCUAUAAUUUUCGUGAGCGACAUAGCUCAGCAAAUGGUUACAAUUUUAGAGUAUGUGCAUAAACAGGGUAUUGUAUAUCGAGACAUGAAACCUGACAAUUUCCUUCUGGAAAGAGAUUUCCCACUGCAAAUCAGUAAACUUGCUGUUUAUGAUUCUGAUGAUGAGACUCCUGAAGCAAAGAUUCGUGAUCACAAAUUACUUGUUGGAAGAAAACAUCACAUGAAUUUGGUGGAUUUCGAAACAGGAAAACAUAUUAGUAAAAAUAUGGCGCCGAUAAAAAACAAGACCGGCACAGCUCGAUAUGCUGCACUUGGCGUUCACCGUGGUUUACCACAUGCUCGCCGCGAUGACAUGGAAUCUUUGGGCUAUGUCUUGCUUGAACUGUUACGCGGGGAUCUUCCAUGGGCAGGAGUCACCGCACGUAACUCACGACAAGGAUGGGCCAAGAUGCAGAAAUUGAAAGAGGAAAUACCUCUCGAUGAGUUGUACAAUGGAUUACCUCGAGGUUUCAUGACCUACCUUCAAUACACUAGAAAUUUGGGAUUCGAUCAAGAGCCAGAUUACAAUUAUCUACGAGAAUUAUUGGUUGCCACGGUGGGAAAAGGUCCAGAAGCCGAGCUGGUGACUCAGGAACCUCAAUGGUUGGAUGAUGACAGGCCCACGUCUCCACGGUAUCUCAAUCACAGAUUACAAUCUCCGCUGACAAUAAAGCCUCCACGCUGUGCAUUUGACUACGACGAAGACGUAAUUCUUGGAUCUCCUCCUUCCUCUCCGUUUCACAAACGAAGCAGGAACUCCCCAUGGAAAGCUAAGAAAGAUGAAGCUUCCGGUUUUGGUUCCAAUGAGCGUUCUAACUCUUUGACCACAUCGAGGAAUAACUCUCAGAGAUCUGGGAUGCUAUCGCCAUCACGAACAUACUCAUUACCCUAUCGCGAUCCAGGUCAAGCUGACAAUGGUAGUCACCCUAACAGCCGCGAUUAUGAAAAACGUGGUAAGCGUCCAGAAAUUGCGCGAAGAUCAUCUUUAUACACCAGACGUCCUUCCGCAAAAAUCUCUUGGAAUACUGUCAAGGAUUCGGCUGCACAGUGGGACCAGGUGGCUUACCAACUUGAGAAUGCCUGGAGAAAUGGACAUUCGUGGAAUGGUGAUAAUGUCGAUAGUCAAGAAGUUAAUUCUGUACCAUCAACUCCGGUCAACGAGUCAGCCUUUUGGAUAGACAAUGUCGACGACCAAUUCAAGGGCUUUGAUGGGGGUCUCGGUGAAAACGACGGGUGGGUAAAUCAUGGUAACGAAGAAAAUGUAUUGGCGCCUGAGGUGUCUGCAUAUGGUAACGGGAAAUCGAAGAUAUCAUGGCUCGACAAGAAUAGAUCGCUCACUUUUCGAAAUGGGGCUGAUGGUAACUAUGAUUAUCCUGAAGGUCGAAUACAUUCACUGACCACAAAAGCGAGUCGCGAGUGGAGAGACCAACAAAGCAGGAGACCUUCCAUCCCGUCUCCUUUGUCGAUCGCAAUCCCACCGGAUGACAUCCAGGAUACAAGUGAUGUGGCAUCACCGAAUGGCAAAUUUGAACAAAUGCACCCGCACAGCGCUGGCAUCGAUGAAAACAUUCCGCUGGGUCCUAGAAGGAGUAUUCCGAAUAUACGUAAUACUAAUGCUUUGGCAUCAAAGUUUUUAAAACGAAGUACGCCCAAUCUUCGUGAUUCAGCUCGUAGCAACUCAGCCCCAUCAUCUGCCGUAAAAAGGGCAAUGGCUCAUAUGCAAGACGCUCAAUUGGUUACAGCGCAAGGAAGAAAAAUUCACCCAAACAAUACUCGCUGUGUUACCAGAGAUUCUUCGCCCAUACCUAUUAAUAAUUCCAACCAGACUCAACGGGAUGAUAAGGAAGGUGCCGGAACAUAUCCACCCAAGGAUUCCAGGUAUUCGCCACAAGAUGCACGGUAUUCGACUCAGGAUGCUAGGUUUUAUACUGGUCGCGAAAGUAAUAAAGAUCGCGAACGUUCUAAAACGCAUAUCAGAGAACGGUCGUAUACAUUCUCUAGUGGACCCGUUAGCCCCCCCAACAAUAUAUCUCAAUCUCCACUGACGAAUAAUUCUCCUCCUAAACCAUGGUCUAAUGGUAGACGAGAAAGAUCGAAUACAUACAGCAGCGGUGGAAAAUCAAACGCUAAAUCAGGACACGAACGACACCGACCUCCGCCUCUUGGCCAAUUGCCACCCCGAAAUUUUGGUCCGCAACAAAAUUUCGGUGGUAACAAAAAUGGCAUCCCGAGCACACCACAUAAACUUCAUAAUGAUCAAAAAGGUAGUUUGAACCUUGGUCAAAACAAGCAGCAGGCGUGUGAAAAUUCUCCCCCAGGUGCUGAUUCUGCGUUGCCCUCUCAUGGUUCUCGGUCAAGAGAUUCAAACACUAGGUCGAAAAAGCCUGUGGACUCUUUGAACAUUGUGAACACUUCAUCAUCGACGGAAGGUUCCACCACCCCCUCCCCGGUGUCACCAAACUCUAAUGACAUUAAGCAUGAUGAUGUCAGAAUUUCGUAUCCAACGUCGAUUCAUCAUGUGAAAUUUGCGGAUGACCUUGAAGUUCCGACUUCUUCUAAGAGAUCCACCAAGUUCUAUCCUCGUAGACAAAGCUUUUCAGCGGUAGUCACUGGUGAAAAUAUGUUUAAAUCUCGGAACCUGGCAUCGAAAGAUGUCAGGUCAACACAUGAUUCCUAUUUUCCAAAGUGUUCGAACAUGGACAGGUGGGACGCGGGAGAACGUCCUAUGGUUCUAAUAAAAACUCGAUUCAUUUUUCGUCAAUUAUUUAAUGGAACAAUUCUCGUGUGGGUUGAGAUGUUCUCCCCCGGCGAGAUUACCAACCAAUUAAGACUUAAUAUUUUGUACAAAAGUUAG